AUGAAGUUUAAUUGUCACCCUAUAAGCCAUGGUACUUCAUCUAUGUUACAACAUAUCAGGAAAAGCUGUACAAAGUAUCAUGGUAGGUUUGAUAAGAUACAAUCAAAGUUAAGCUUUGAGGCUAAAAGGGAAGGACAAGCGGCAGUGAGUGAAGGAUCUAGUGGUAACCUUGUGAUUGUUAAGUUUAAUGCUUUAAAAAUAAGGGUAGCAAUUUCUAAGAUGAUCAUAGUGGAUGAGUUGCCAUUUAGGUUUGUGGAAGGUGAAGGGUUUCAGGACUUCAUAAAAACAGUUGAACCUAGGCUUUCAAUUCCUUCCCGUUUUACUAUAACGAGGGAUUGUUUUAAGCUCUUUAUGUAUGAGAAAGAAAAGUUGAGGGGAAUGUUCUUGACAUCUGGUGUUCGGCAUUUUCACUAUCAAGCUGAUAAUGCUUCUUCUAAUGAUGCUGCUUUGGAGUACUUGAGGAAGAGAAGUGCUCAUAAGCCUGGUGCCAUAUUAGAGAAUCAGUUUAUACAUGUGAGAUGGAACUCUACAUUUAAGAUGUUUGAAGGUGUAGGAAAAUGUCAAAGUGCUUUUGAACUUAUGGAAGAAUUGGAUGGAUAUUAUGGUCUUGCGUUGUGGGAUGGUAAAAAUGGUUUAAGACCUCCUAAUUGUGAUGAUUGGGCUCGUAUUAAGGUUUUUCUCAAGUUUCUCGAAAUUUUUUAUGAAGCCACAAUGCGACUUUUGGGGCCUUUGUAUGUGACAUGUAAUAUGUACAUUGAAGAAGUUUCUGCCAUUCAACUACAUUUACAAGAAUAUUGUGACAGUGAUGAUUAUAUAUUGAGUUUUAUGGCAGAGAAAAUGAUGUCGAAUGUUGAGCAAUGCAAUGAAAUGAUAAUAAAAUUGAAAAACCACCUUCAAAAAUUAUAUGAUUACUUCGACACUAGCGAUAGUGUAUCUCAAGGUGAACAUAGUGGUGCACUUCCUCAAGGUUCCUUAAAUGUAAGAGAAACUGAGAAACGUACAUAUAAAUUGAUGAAUAGGUACUCAAAGCUCAUGACUUCUAAUAGUGAUGUUCAACACAAAUCGGAGUUAGAUCGGUAUUUGACGGAGGAGAUUGAAAAACUAAAUGAGAACUUCGAUAUUUUAAAUUGGUGA